AUCUUUUCAAGCUGUAUAAUUGUAGAAAAGACAUACUUGUUUUUUGUAAUCUUUGUAAAUUGUUUUGCUUGCUGUUAGCUCAUUCAUCAGAGGCUAAGAGCUAAAUAUUUUUCUCAGGACUUGGUGGAGACCAAACCAGAGGUAAAAGGAGGUGAAUAUGAUAAUAUUGCUAGUAUGUGUGCACUCCAUGUGAAAAUUGUUAAUUGUUGCUAACAUGUUAGCCAUAGCUAAUAUGUAAUAUGUCAGGGUCUGUCUGCUUUUUUGGAGUUCUUGUAGCCAAAAAAAGAUGAUGCAGCUUUAAAUAAAGGUUAUAAAAAGAACAUUCACAAUCACAUUAGCCAAAGUCUGGCUAAUCAGUCCCAGCAGUGCUAAUUCACAAUCACAUUAGCCAAAGUCUGGCAACAGUCCUUUCAACUCAUGUCUACCACAAACUGACGAUGUUAAUCCUCUAAUGACGUCAGUAGACUGUGAUACAUAGUGUUUUAUAAUCUAAUUUAGCAUAUAAAUAAUGAUUUUCUGGACCACUGUGUGUUGCUUCUAAAGGGUUAAUUGUAAGUCGGAGAGUGACGAUUUGUUUUGCUGUUUGAAUCCUCCAUACACGUGAGUGCGCGGCGGAAGACGGAGGAGCCUCCUCCCUGUCGGCCUUCAGGAGGGGCUGAAGGUGACUCUCCUCUCGGCGGGGAUGCAGAGGGAACUGCUGGGGGUCCGUCCGGCCCGCUACACGGUUCUUCUCCGGGAAAUAGCGACACACCUCUGCACGGGCUUUAAACAUUAACCAAACCUUUGACCCUGCAGCGUCUGAGUGGGUCGUUUUCUUGUCUAUAGAGGACACAACAGCAACCAUAAAGGAGGGGGUGUCUCUCUGUCUGUCUGUGCAUGCAUGUGUUCUGCACCGUACGGGCGGAAAAAGCGCCCAAGAUCCGCAGGGAGCAUUUUUCCCAUCAGUAAAGGGGCGCAGACGGAGCCGGAGCGCCGGGAGAGCACGGAGGGAGCUGUGGACUGCAGCAGGAUGACUGUGCAGGAAUUCAACACGCUCGUAGCGUUGUACCGGGAGCAGGUCAUAUGCGUCGGGGAGAUCUCCGCCGACUGUCCGUCUCUGCGGGCUCAGAUGCAGCACACGCGGGCCAAAGGAUGCUCCAUGGCCCGGGCUGCGCACCAGGAUCUCGCCGUCAUUUCUGUUUCAGGUCCAGAGGACGGAGAGAUCCACCCUGAGAUCUGUCGGCUCUUCAUCCAGCUGCAGUGCUGCCUGGAGAUGUUCAUAACAGAGAUGCUGAAAUCCAUGUGCCUGCUGGGGGUGCUGCAGCUUCACAGAAAAAGAACGGACUCGGAGCCGAAGGUGGACUUCAGGGUAGAUGAAAGCUCGGAUGUUCCCAUCCUAGAGGACCGAUCCUCCUCUUCCAUAGACUUCCCUCAUGAGCAGUGGCUGGUGGGAACCGAUAUUGAAAACAUAGAGAGUCCAAAUGUAAAACAGCUCGUCAGCUGGGUAUCAGGUAGUCUGGCCUGUUUCUGUGACAGAUACCCCUGGGGAUCCUGGACUGCCUGCACCAUGACCUGCAACCAUGGUACACAACAAAGACACAGGGGUAUUCGGUAUGAGGAAUAUUACUGGAAGAACAGCUGCGCUCAACUGUGUAAGAAUCAUGACCGCAGAGCCUGCAACGAGCAGGCCUGUCCAAUCAACUGCCAGCUGACAGACUUUGGGCCAUGGUCUGACUGCUCGCCAUGCGCCAAGAAACAGCUGCGGACCCGGUCUGUGGUGAGGCCGUCCCAGUUUGGUGGUUCAGCCUGCAGCGUGGAGCUGACAGAGGAGAGGCCUUGUUAUCCCUCCACAGAGUGCAAGUUACCACCAAUUGACUGCAGAGACGACUUUAAGUGUGAUAAUGGACGCUGCAUCAACUCGACGCUAACAUGCAACAGACAGAACGACUGUGAAGAUAACUCUGAUGAGAGGGACUGUGAAGACUUCAAAAUUGUGUGUCCAGCGGAUAAGAGACCGUCCCCCGGGACUGACCUGGUGGGAAACGGGUUUGAUGCUCUAGCAGAGGAGCCGAGGGGAGCAGUGCUGAACAACAUGUUUAUGGGAGGAAGUUGCAUCAUCAAGAGGCCUGCGAGCACACUGCUCUACCACCGAAUCCCUCACAACUUUGAGACCUUUGACAUUAAGGUUGGACAACUUGAGGACUUCAGCACCGAGCUGCAGCCGCUGCACACCGAAUCCAUCACUUUGAAGAGAUCACAGUCAUCUGCAAGCGGCCGAGAUAAGUCUAACUUCCUCUAUCUCAUCCUCUUCUUCAACCAGAAUUCAAAUACGCAAGUCAGCUCUAACAAGGAAGCUUUUGAAGCUUCAAAGAAAAAGGACUCCUCAUUUUUCCGGGUGCACCAGGUUCUUCCUGUGUCCACAUUCAAGGUGAGGGACCCAAGGGACCUCGCCCUGUCAGGGCCUUUCCUCCAGUUCCUCCAUGCUCUUCCCCUCGACUACAACUAUCCCCUCUACAGGGACAUCUUCCAGCGCUUCGGGACACACUACUACAGUUCAGGGACACUGGGAGGCCACUAUGACCUGCUGUACCAGUAUGACCGCGAGGAGCUCACCACUUCAGGUGAUACAGAGGAGCACGUCGAAGGCUGCCUGAGCAAAGACACCGCCUGGACCAUCGUCCUCUACACCGAAAUCAGCAGUGUAACCAGAUGCAAUAACAACAAGAUGACUGAGAAAUAUCAAGGCUCGUACAUUCAGUCAGCAGAGAAGUCUUUCUCUCAGGUGAAAGGAGGUCGAACUAGAGAGGCGGCAGCUCUGGCCUGGGAGAGGCAGGGACCCGCCCCAGACCGAACGUCCUACAAGAACUGGGCCAAGUCUGUCCUCGACAACCCUGCUGUGGUCGAUUACAAGCUGUUGCCCCUCAUUGAUCUGGUCCGGGGGAUCCCCUGUGCUGCCACGAAGAGGAGGCACCUGAGGAAGGCCCUGCUGCAGUACCUGGAGGAGUUUGACACCUGCAAGUGUGCUCCCUGCCCCAACAACGCCAGGCCAGUUCUCUCCGGCACAGAGUGCAAGUGUGUUUGCCAGACCGGCACAUUUGGUGCAAACUGUGAGACACGGGCUCCAGACUACACUUCAGAGGAGGUGGAUGGUUACUGGAGCUGCUGGGGGCCGUGGAGUCACUGUGGAGCUUCCAUGAAGAGACAUCGGACGAGGCGGUGCGAUAACCCAGCUCCCCUGAGAGGAGGUCAACCUUGCAAGGGUCCUGAAAGAGACGAGGAGUCGUGUCACAUCUCCCUCUUCGAAAAACAUGACACCUGCGACAAUGAUGAUGACCUCAUUGUGGGCUGGGUGGAUAAGCUGCCUCCUGGUGUGCAGGGCUGUCUGAGGCCACAGAGGCCUGCCAACAGCUUCCUCAGGAAAGCAAAGCAGUAUUAUGAUUUUGGUGAGGAUGAGGAGUUCCAGUGCUUCACUCAAUUUGACCUGCAAGGUUUCCAAUACAUCAACUGUCUGCCUGAUGGGACAUGGACUCAACCACAAGGAACCUGCGUCAGAAUGUUCUGCCUUCCUCCUGAAAUCCCUGAUGGGAUGACGCUCUUCCCCAACAAGAAGCUGUUCAGAAGGGGUGAAUCAGUGGGUUUUAACUGUGACGAGAGAGGCCUGCAGCCGCUGCCACGAGGCUUCUACAAAUGUGGCAGCAGUGGCGACUGGGAGCCUCCGUUACCUGCUGACCUACGCUGCACUAAUGAGGAACCAUUUGAACCCGAGACCCAGUGCGGUCCUGGACAGAAAAUUCAGGGCUCUCAGUGUGUCUGCAUCCAACGGGAGAGCUGCCUUUCGCAUGCAGAGACUCUCUGUAUCCUGAACUUGGACCUCAACGUCACCGUGUCGAUGUCCCUCUGCUCCUUCCACGCCGGUCGUUGCCACAAUGAUCCACUCUUCUUCAUCAGUGAAAGCUCCUGCGACACGGUCGAUGCGGCUAAACUGGAGUGGGCUAAAUUCAGAGCCGAAAUAGCCUCUAAGAGCUCUGUUCACGAGCCCUGCGAUCUUGACACCUGUUAUGAGUGGGAGACCUGCUCUGCACAUAAGAAGUGUGAGUGCAGAUCUGCUCGGAACUGUCGCAAAACUGAAGAGCACAUGUUCUGUGUGAAGCUGACCAGGACCCAGAAGACCCGCAGCUUGGACCUUUGUUCUAUGGCCGCCCUCAAAUGUGCAAGCUAUCAGUUUGAGCUCCUCAGUGAGGGCGUCUGUGAGACCAGAUGAUGCUAUUAAAGCUUGUCUGGGCUACACUCAA